AUGGCCAGCAACAACACCACCUCCUCCUCCCAUUCUCCAAGGUCUUCUCCUGAGCCUAGCGGCAACGAAGCCACCAACAACGUCCAGGGCCACAUCGAUGCCCUCUUGUCCUCUCCGAAUCCUCCCGCCGGCCAGACUUCCGCCCCUGGAGCUCUCGCCAUCGCCAACCCCAACGCCGCUCCUGCCCAGCAGGCACCUCUACAACCCGGCCUCUACGCGCCGGACCCUGCUGCCCCUCCGCAGGUCACCACGCUCACCGACGUCGUCACUCGGUUGAUGACUCCUCCUCAAGAACUCUACAACGGCGACGGCACCGUCACGCUGACGAUCACAUGGGCCGUGGGCGUCGCUGGUCCGGAGCGUUUCGAGCGCACGCCACUCGCCCGUCGCCAUUCUCUCGUCCAGGAUGACGAGCUUCGAGAGCGCGGCGUCGCUGCUGGGUUGAGCCAGGAGAUCAUGGAUUGGCUACGCUCCGGCGACGAGACGCUUACGCUUCCCGAGAGCCACUUCAACUGA